AUGAAUAGCAGCAUGUUGGAAUGGGGAGUCCUAGAAACGGGGCUUCUUCUCUCUACACCCCUGAUGCAUGGGAGAGGGCUAAGUAAAAGCGCGGUGGAGAUCCUGUGCAUGGGCUGGGCGGCCUUCAUUGUCCUUCCUGCUAAGGAAAACAAAGGAGAUUUAUUGAGGAAAAAGGUGAAAAAGUUCAAAAAUGUCAGAGACUGGGAACAAAGCAUAGAAGACCUCAACCUCGUGUCCUGUGAGAGCUUGUCUGAUUGCCAGUCUCAUGUGCCCUAUGCCCAUUGUGUAUCCUGGGAAAUGCCCUCAAAGCUGGCAGGCACUCUGGGGAAAAAAACAAACAAGAAGAAAGUGGUGGAAGUGCUUGAAGAAGAGGAAGAGGAAUCUGUGGUGGAAAAAGUUCUCAAUCGACGAGUUGUCAAGGGAAAAGUAGAGUAUCUUCCGAAGUGGAAGGGUUUCUCAGAUGAGGACAACACGUGGGAGCCAGAAGAGAACCUGGAUUGCCCUGACCUGAUCCCUGAGUUUCUACAGUCACAGAAAACAGCACAUGAGACAGAUACAUCAGAGGGAGGCAAGCGAAAAGCCGACUCUGACUCUGAAGAUAAAGGAGAGGAGAGCAAACCAAAGAAGAAAAACGAAGAGUCAGAAAAGCCACGAGGCUUUGCCCGAGGUUUGGAGCCAGAGCAGAUUAUUGGAGCUACAGACUUCAGUGGAGAGCUCAUGUUCCUGAUGAAAUGGAAGAACUCUGAUGAGGGGCAUCUGGUCCCUGCCAAGGAAGCCAAUGUCAAGUGCCCACACGUUGUUAUAGCCUUCUAUGAGGAAAGGCUGACUUGGCAUUCCUACCCCUCAGAGGAUGAUAACAAAAAGGACAAGAAUUAA